AUGCCCUGGUGUUUUCCGAAUCCAUGGGUUUGCGUGGAAUCUUUCACAUCGGCAACUAUCCAAGGGAGUAUCCUUCUCAACAUUAUGAUGCUUCACAUCUUUGAGUUGAGUUUAGAGAAAGCAGUAGCUGCUCAUCUUUUCGAUAUGUUCUCUACUCAGAUGAAGGAGCCUGUGGAGAGGAUGAGUGAGCUCAAUUAUCUUAACGAUGGAAACAACUUGCUUCUGUUCAACUAUCUCUUUGCUAUCACAACGUCUACUCAUUUUGUUGAUGAUCCAUCUACCUGGGAUUGUUGUGGGUUUGAAUCUAGAAGCAAGUACUUAUUUGGGAAAGCAAGUAUGCAGAUCAAACUAGUUGAAGGUGAUUCUGCAGGAACUGUCACAACCUUCUAUAUGUCAUCGGAAGGGCCAAAUCACGACGAGCUAGACUUUGAGUUUCUAGGUAAUGUUUCCGGGGAACCAUAUCUAGUUCAAACAAAUGUGUACGUGAAUGGAAGUGGAAACAGAGAACAAAGACAUUCACUUUGGUUUGAUCCUACACUGGAUUUUCAUUAUGAUGCACAUGGAAUAAGAAUUUUGCUUCCAUUGAGUAGGUAA